AUGACACAACGCAAAGGCGAGAAACCCACCAUCAGCAUCCAGGAGCACAUGGCCAUUGACGUGUGCCCCGGACCCAUCCAGCCCAUUAAGCAGAUCUCGGACUACUUCCCCCGCUACCCCCGGGGCCUGCCGCCCGUCGGGGCCCCGUGCGCCGCCCUCUCCGCCGCCCCGGCCGCCGCCUCGGAAAGUGAGGACAGCCCGGACCGGGCGUUCGCUGGAGCCUCGGCUUCCAGGAGAGACGACGAGCCCGAUGUGGAGGCGUACGACUCGGAUGACUCCACUACUCUUGGAACUCUGGACUUCAGCUUGCUGUACGACCAGGAGAACAAUGCUCUGCACUGCACCAUUAACAAAGCCAAGCUUCCUGUUCCCAGGUACAAGAAGGGGCUCAAGCCGAUGGACCACAACGGGCUUUCGGACCCUUAUGUCAAGUUGCACCUGCUACCCGGUGCCAGUAAGGCCAAUAAACUCCGUACCAAGACCCUGCGUAAUACGCUUAACCCUGUCUGGAGCGAGACGCUGACCUACUACGGCAUCACUGAUGAGGAUAUGGUCCGGAAAACACUCAGGAUUUCAGUGUGUGAUGAGGACAAGUUCCGCCACAACGAGUUCAUCGGUGAGACGCGAAUCCCCCUCAAAAAGCUGAAGCCCAAUCAGACCAAGAACUUCAACAACUGCCUGGAGAAACAGCUACCUGUGAACAAGACUGAGGACAAGUCAUUGGAGGAGCGAGGGCGCAUCAUGAUCUCCCUCAAGUACAACACCCUUAAAUCCUGUCUGGUGGUGGGCAUCAUAAGGUGCGCGCACCUCGCCGCCAUGGACGCCAACGGAUUCUCAGACCCUUACGUCAAAACGUACCUGAAGCCCGACGAGAACAAAAAGUCCAAGCACAAGACUGCUGUCAAGAAGAAGACGCUCAAUCCCGAGUUCAACGAGGAGUUCUGCUACGACAUCAAGUACGCAGACCUCACCAAGAAGACACUGGAGGUGACUGUGUGGGACUAUGAUAUUGGGAAGUCCAACGAUUUCAUCGGCGGUGUCUCCCUGGGCAUCAACGCCAACGGUGAGCGUCUCAAGCACUGGUUCGACUGCCUCAAGAACAAGGACAAGAAAAUCGAGCGCUGGCACACACUGACCAACGAAUUACCCUGCUCGCUAAAUGACUAA